AAGGUGGAGACUAGGGAGGAUGAGGAGCAGAAUGUAAAAAUGGCUGAAACAAUUGAGCUUCUGUUGGCAGCAGGUUAUUUCAGAGCAAGAAUCAAAGGAUUAUCUCCAUUUGAUAAGGUACACCUAUAUUUGAUUGAUUUGUAAGAUAUGGAAACCUGUACUUUUUAUUCUGAAAGUGGGAAUCCCCUUCUACACAAUGUAACAGCAAAAGGAAUCAUGUACGUGCAUUCACACAUUUUCCAUUUGAGAAAAAAAACAUACUUUCUAGUUUACAUAGCAGACUACAAUUAAAAGAAACAUAAAUAUAGACUUGAUUCUCUAAAAUUGAUAUUCAGUGCCCGUUAUUGAUAGUGUCUUUUUUGUCUAAGAAAACUAACUCAUUACAGUGUAGGAAGUAAUACAUGAGCUUGUAAGCACUUAUGAUGGAUGCAGAUUUCUCUAUGUGUCAAUGGUUAUUGUUCUUUCCUCAUGAACUAUUAAAAGGUCUCUCAAUAAUCCCUGUGAGUGAUAAAAUAAUAUUAAAAUCCUGGUUUCUCAAAAAGUUGAAGUGCAAAACUUGAGACUUGAGUUGAGACAUUCAUGCUUUUACAGAUUAUGUUUGAUGUCCUUUAAUAUCUUAAAGGUUGUUGGUGGUAUGACAUGGUGUAUUUCAGUCUGUGACUUUGACAUUGAUGUUGAUUUACUUUUCCAAGAAAAUUCAACCAUUGGUCAGAAAAUGUGAGUACCCCAAAAGCCAUUAUCAAUAAUUAACUAUAUCACUGAGUUGACACUCUCAGCUUACAUGCCUCUUAUUCGUGCAUAGUGAACGUAAAAUCUCAAUACACUCCCUUUGCUUAAAAAUCCACAACUUUGCACCAAAAAGUUCCCAAGGAUUCAAAAUAAUGUAUGUUAAUGUAUGUCAUAAUUAAAUUCAGGUUAAAAUUUUUAACCUAUUUUGAUUCUCAAUUUCCUUUGUCUCAUAGCCGUAAUUCAUAAAUAAUUAGGGCUAGGAGACAAAGGGAAGAGAGAAUCAAUCUAUUUUAAAAAAAUUUAAGCUAAUUUAAUUUUGACAUGACAUUUGUACAGUAAGGAAAAAACUAGGCAUUGAAACUUGCUAUGCUACAAUGCUUCUAAGAUCGGAGAUGAGAUCAGAAUUUUUUGAGACCCAUACACUGAUGUAUAAGCUAGCCUCUGCUCAGUCAAUAUAUUUUAGUCAUCAUUAUUAUUUUUAAUUAUUUUCCAGUGCUCUGACAGAAAAGAUUGUUGCAGUUCUUCCACGCAUGAAAUGUCCUCAUCGUCUGGAGCCUCAUCAAAUUCAAGGCUUGGAUUUCAUCAAUAUUUUCCCUGUCAUCCAGGUAACAAAAUUGAUAUUGCCCUUCAAUGGGCAAUCUCAUCCUGCUUCUUGCAUGGGACUAUUAUUUUAGAAAUUCUUUCUAUCACAUAAUCUUUACUACAGCUUGUUAUCUUUAAGAAAAAAAAUAUGAUAAGCAUUUUUAUAUUUGCACAAAUUUAGAUUUACAUUAUUAUGGUUUGUUCCUUGAUUCGGUUUAAGAAACAUUUACCCACAAGCAAGAACAAGAGCAGUUAGGUUUAGCCAAAACUAUGGAAAAGCUUAGAAGUCGCAAUGUGUUAGAAUCCGAGAUUAAGUUGUACUUUGUUUGAUUUCUGCUACAUGGAAUUUCAUAUAGAGUAUGAAAGUUAAUCUUCACAUCAAAAAUUAAGGGACACUGAGUACUCAUUGUAACAAGAAAAUUCACAUAUAGGGACAAUCAAUAUAAUCUGAGCUAUGAAAAAUUACCCAAGCCCUACACAUUCCCUAAGAACAACCCCACAUGUGAUUAGUGAAGGGGAAGGCUGGCCAUGAGCAUUGCAGAUGACGUGACUUGUGUUUUACCCUGCCUAAAUUACAUUAAUUUUGCCACAUUUAAGUCUCUUUUGGCGUACCAACAAAUGACUUUUUUGUAAUUAUUCUAGUAAUAUUUUCAGUAUGUAUUAAACAACAUGCUCGUAGCCAAGCCAAGUCAAGUUAAGUAAAUUCACAUUCAGAAAAAAAGAAAGAAAACAGGAGACGUUUACACCUUAUAUAAAUUUAGCAUUACAGGGAAAUGGUAGCUACUCAUGCAAGACAUUUUCGUCAAGGUUUUUUUUCUUUUCUUUUACUCCUCAGUGGUUGGUGAAGAAAGCAAUUGAAAGAAAGGAAGAAAUGGGUGAUUAUAUUCGAGAGUUUUCAGUGUCACAAUUCAGCAAGUACCAUACCACUCCACAGGUGAAUGCGAAAUGUUUGUAAUGAGUACUGAAUAGCUGGAGGCCUCACUUGUGUGAGUUGCGGGGUGAGAACAAUAGGGCUUUAUGGGCUUGCGCUGGUGGCACUCCCAGCCAAAAUUGUGCUCAAACUCACAUAAGUGAGCCUGCUUGAAAGUUAGGAGCAAGCCCUCUUUGAGGUGUCCCAAGCAGAAAUGGUAAGGGGUCGCACUCAAGAGUGGCCAGCACUGCCGUCCAAUUUCCUCUUGGCUGACCUUGCUUGAUGCUCAUGUGAGACCCAUUGACCCCUUGUACUCUAGAGCCCAAGAGGAGAGCUUGCUAGCAUGCAUUGUGGAAUGCAACGUGUUAAUCUUCAUUUCUGUGAAAACAAAUUGCAGCAUUUUCUUUACAUCCCUUUCCGUUUUGUAAACAAAUGCUGUCAAAUUAUUCGUUUUCAUCGGAUGUUACUAAAACAGAGAAUAAGAAAAGGAAAAAUUGGAACCAAAACCAGUAACUUUCAAUUCUCUGCUUUCAUCCCAUUUUUCAUUUACCCAUUUCCCGUGCUCUUUCCAUGUUCCCCGCUUUGGUGACAUUUUUUUUGUCUUUGUAAGUUUUGUCUUUUUCCCUUCAGAUUAUUGCUAAAUUGUGAUAUGCAAUUUUAGGAUGAUGAAUUUAAUGUCAGGAAACCCAAGUGCAUCAGUGGAAUGGAAGGUCUCAAGGUUGGUUUUAUUUAGUUUUUUGAACCAGAGAAAAAAAAAGUUCCUGCUAUUCUUAACCAUCAUGAGGAUUGGUUGCCCAUUUUAAAGAUAGGUCUCCUUCAUUUAUCAGUAAGUUUUAGUGUUUUUAUCAUCUGCUGUUUUUUUUGGCCUUGUGGUUGUGUUAUCUCUGCAGGUUAGCGAGAGCACGUGGUUGGCCAGCGUGGAUAGUUGGACACCCUUUCCCCUUCACGCAUACGUCUCAGAAACUCCACAUGCGCUUCGCGCUUGACUUCGCUCGCCUGAAAAAUGCGAAAAAUAACGCUUGUUCUGUAGGCUAGAACCACUUUAUGAAAGCUUAAAAAAUUCUUUUAAACUUCUUUAAGCCUGAUCAAGAAUUUACUUGUUUUAGGAGACAUAUAAACCACGUAGAAGAUAUCGCAAACCAGAGUCCAUGUCUCAAACUGAUGAAGAGACGAAGGUCCGUACAACUCUCUUAGAAUACGGUUGGUAAGUGUAACAAUAAUAUUUCUUUCCCUUUUUAUUUUGGAGAGUCUCAUAGGAUUACGUCAAAUUGGGCCAUGUCCCCGUAAGCCUGGUUUCCAGUGGCCGUUUGGGAAUUACGCGUGAAUGCGCGAAACAACGCGAAACUAGGUCGGUGUUGUUUCGAAUGGCACUAUGGGACUGUUUUGGGGGACGAGAUUUGACCCAGUCUCCUUCACAAUCUCUUUAUCAAAGGAGAGAUGACGUCCCUAAAAAUGUCCCAUGGUACAGUUCCACACAACACCGACCCAGUCUAGCUCACACGCAAUCCUACAACGGCCAAUGGAGACCUUUAGAUCGAGGAAGAGGACGAUUGUUACGAGGACGAAAUUUAACCUAAGGUUUUUCGCGUCUUCUUAAAAAAAGACACCCCCCACAUUGUACUUUUACCAACCAGAAAAGUUAGCACGGUUAUAUUUAUUGGGUGAGAUUUAGCCUUCUUCCGUUCGCAAAACGUUUAACAUGUGAUAACUUGUUCCACCACUAUGAAGGAAUACUCGCCAAAACCCGUAAUAGGAUGACGGCGGAUAUCAGGUUUUCCCGCCAAAAUGACGUUGUUUCACGCGCGUGCACUGCUUAAAUCUUGUUCUUGUAGUCGUCCUUGUCUGAGAAUCUAGAGGUCUCUAUUUUGUUUAUAGUCGCUAUGUUGCUGAAAGUAAAGUUCGAAGAUCGCAGCAGUUAAAUUAAUCCUUGGUUGCGGUUGAUAUUAUUCUCUAGUCAUCUCAUGCCUACCCGCCAGACAUAUUUCCCCUGUUGAUGAAUUCUUUGAAUGUCAAGGUGACCGUACGUAUUGUUUUCACUCCUUUAGGCAAUAUGGAUUUAGUAAGGAACAGAGAGAUAAGGUAUGAUACACCGUUAUAGGCUUUUCGUACCAAUCAAGCUUCUAGUGGCGAGCGAAGAUUGAAAGCCGCGAGUAUAUGACUCGCGGGCGACCUCUGGAGAUCUUCCUCAACUAGGGAGCUUGCUCGCUGAUUAUGUCUUAGGCCAAUUUUCGCCUCUUAUACCAACAAUACUGAGCCGAACUACUGCUGGUUAAGGGACAUCUUAUUCUAAGUUUUGCACUUGAGGCUUAAAUGCACCAUAAUAGCGACCUUAAGACUCACCGUUUCGGCCUACGGGUACGGGUAAGCGAACUUGUUUACCUCGUAGUUUUAUAAAAGGCAACCAUUAUUUCCCAGAUGUGAUAAUGGCGUAACCAUUCUACCCGGUAGCAUACCCGUUUCUCCCGGGGUAAGAGGCAAUCUACCCCUAUUUACGGUUAAUUUACCCCUAGCCGUACACGGAAACGGUGUCUUACGGUCUCUAAUAAAGAGAGGAGAAGUGUGUCGUCAGGUUACCAUGGUGGCACUAUUUCUGGAUCUUAUCAAUCCUUCUUGACACAGACGGCAAUUUACAUUGUCAAACGAUAGAAGAAAAUUAUGGGCUAACCAUUUUGUUCCUGAGUGCAAUCAUGCACAGGAAAGUCAUACAUGUGAAUUUUUUUCUCAUUUUUUUUGCCAUUUUUGCAUGACCACGGUUCGUUGAGAUCCAGAAAUUUUGCUACCAUGGCAACGCGAGGUAGCGACUUCUCCUCUCUUAUUCCUACCCACAAAUAUCUAAGGAACUAAUCGAGGCUGGGUGGGGGGAGGAAAGAACAUAUUUUGCAACACUUGGUUUGAGAAGGAUGGACUGCACAAUAAUGGCGACAAAUACGAUAAGAAGAGAGACUAACAUGUAAUGUACGAUAGAAUUAAAAGUAUUUGUAUUCAUAAACUGAGGAGGAUUGAGGAUUAAGUUGUGGACAGGUAUCUCAGUGAGAUAAAGACUGUUUCAAGUUCUCAGCAAGUAAUCCACAUCUGAUCUUUAUCUUUAAGUUAUUUUUUUUAAAAUGCUCUAUUAGGAAAAGGAACAGGCGGAAAAGAAGAAAGCCGCUGCUGCUGCGGUUCCUGGACAAAUGAGAACUGCAUUAUCUGGAGAAGAAGACGAAUAUUUAGUGGAGCAGGUAGCACUUUGUAAGAUAAAACAAGCAUCGUUGCGAAGUAGCUGCGCUUGUGAAAUUAACGUAAACUGCCGUUUACAAGUCUUGGGCUUAUACAUCUUCGCAAGGGGUUGUAGGAGGGAUUAUAAACGGAGGGGCUUAUAUCCGAGGGGGAUUAUAAGCAGAAUAGAAAAAGCGAUUCAAAACAAGCUACAGUAGUUCUGAUCAAGGUACUUUUUGCACUAAGUGGUCUUCAAUUAAGGUCAAAACGUCAAUAAUAAAUAGAAUUCUUUUCAAUGCAUUUGGAGGGGACUUAUAAUUGGUUGUAUUUUUUGUUGUUUAGAAGUAGAUUGGCCUAUAACAUGGGGGUCUUAUACGUGGAAGGGCUUACACGUAAAGGCGGCAGUUUACGGUAUACCCUCUUUUAUCCGCUGGAUUUAAUUUGCAAGUGCAGUUGCAGGUGCGAGUGAAAGUGCCGGUUAGGAUUAAUAGGGUAAGGGUUUGAUUUACGUGACAUUUAGUCACACCUGCACGCUUGCAAAUAAGCAAAUUAAACAUGCUGUCUUUUAUGCAAUUCGGGCCAUUGCGUUCAGUCCAAAUGAGGCACUCACACUGUACAAAAUGUUUGCACAGACCAAUUAAAGAGAGAAAGAAAAACGUUUUUGUCACUUACCGUAGGGAAAAAACGCGCUUUAAUUGGGUGUCAAUGUAUUUAGCACGAAAGUACGGAUUGAGGACACUAUUUUUACACCUCGUACUGGAUACGGGAUCGCCAUCAUACUUGGUCAUCCGAACCGCGCGAAGGUCUAGCCGUUUGCAGGACGAGGGCAGUGCCUUCACUUCCCAGUUCUUUUAAGACCAUGGGUAUUGGUCAAGCACUCUACCAACUGAGCUAAUCCUGCCGCGAUGUUAGUACGGCAUUAAGCUACGAUUAAAGUCAGUCGCGUUUUAGCCGUUUUAAGCUUACGUUUCUUUCAUUUUUCUUUUUAAUUAACAAUUUCCCUGUGAACUUUCUUUAUUGCAGAAACGUCUAAAAUCAUUGCUGAAAGGAAUGUCUGUUAUGGAAGGGAAGGAGGUGAGCUAGAAUGCUGAGUAAAAAUGGUCAGAAAAGUUUGUAUUUAAAGGAAAAUGUUUCAUGCAGUUAGCCAAACUCCACCUCUGAGAACUGGCCACCAAGAUGAGUAAAAUAUGAAAAUAACGACUGAAAACGGCAAAAACAAACACUGAGGCACAAAUAGGCAAAUUAAAGAAAAAGCUGAUUACAAUGCUGAAUAGAUCAAUUCUGAGUUGCCUUAAGUCAUUUUUAGAACGAGUGUUAGUUCGAAGUCUUUGAUGUAAAAAAAAAAUUCUUUUCUUCGGUAAUUAAAACUAAUUAUUAUUCAAUUAAAAAAUAUUUCUCCGUUUCUGAGUGGUUUUAAUCUCCCGGCUAAAUAUGUAACGAUGUUGUCCGUUUUUUUUUAAGGGUGCCCUUUCAUCAAGUACUGUGGGAUCCAUUGUGGGGCUUCAGUCAGAAGAGAUCUCUCAGAUUGCUUCUGAGUAUGCUGAAAGGGUAAGUGUCUGCUGGUGUUCAAAGCAAGGAUAGCACAAGAUUUGAAUUCAGAUCUGAACACUUACAAAGCAAACUCAGCUUAGUGUAUUCUUUUUGCCUAUAAUUUCAUGUUCAGGUUACCUUAAGAUGACUGACUAAAAUUAACAAAGAACAUAUUUCUGAAAGACAGAAACAGGAACGUGGAUUAAAAUUUAAACUUGGGUUAGCGAUAAUCGCCUUUUGUACCACUGUAAAGAAUAGAUCGGAGAGUAAAAGAAGUAAGUGCAUUUCAGACCAGGUUUCUCUUAUCCCUUCACUUUUCUCAGUUACGCCCGAUCAUACGUCGAAUUUCACAUGUUAACUCCUAUUUUAGUGGACUAAAAUAAUUAAAUAUGACAGUUCACACGUCGGAUGUAAUGGUGCUGGAUUUAAUUCCAUUUGUUGUAAAAAUUCCCAGUCUUUAAAACAGCUUAAUUGUAUGAUGAAAAAUAUAUAUGGAUAAUAGUUUCUACAAUCAAUGCAUUGUAUUCGGCAUACGUGAAAUGCGACGUCUGUAUCAAAUGUCAAACCUAAGUCGCAGAUUCGGCAAAGUCGUAUUUAAUUUGAAACUGUCCAAUUUAAUUGAUUCGGACGUCGCAUCUCACAUGCAGUUAAUUCUCGGAAUCUUUCUUUUUAAACUCCUUUUUAUUUAUUUAUUUUUUCUUUCUUUCUUUCCUUCUUAAAGCCAGAAAUAGUCAGUUUUGUUCUAACAGUAAAUGUUCCUGCCUUUUUUUUUAAAGCAAGCCGAGUUGCAGGAGAAUCUUGAAGCACGGGGGGAGCGGAUGGGAGGAGUUCAGACACACAAGAGAAUGGUAGCAUCACUGGAAAAACAGAUUGCUGUACAGGAAAAGAAACUGGAACAAGUAAGACACAUUCAAAUUUUCCUCCCUAAUAUUAUACUACCGGUAUUUGAAGAGUUCAUCUGACGCGGAGAGUGCGGUUUUUCUCGGGUAUUUUUCGUGGGUAUCCAUCGCUUACUUUUCAACAGUGAUCAAUCUGGCCAAUCAGAUAAUGAUAUCAGAAUCUGGUAUCAUGGAUGGGCGGGAUGAAAACAAAGUCUAGAGGCUCCCCAGCCUUUUGUUCUCCCCCAGGCCACGUUCGGCUCGCUUCGCCCGCCGAUUUUCUUUUUCGCCCUGGGGCCCGUUUCUCGAAAGACCCGGAAACUUUUCAGGCCCGAAGGAAAAUUUUAAAAUCACAACCUGUUGUAUGGUAGCACAGUUCCCAGCCCACAAACCAGUCAAUUUUGCUUCUUUAAAUGAUAGUUUCCUUGUAUUAUUUUUAAAAAUUGUUGAACCUUUGAUCGUGAAUGCAAACACAACAAGCCUAAAACAUCUUUCCGGUCCCGGAAAGUUUCGGGGACUUUCAAGAAACAGGCCCCUGCUUCACUUGAGAGCCUGUUCGCAGGCUAUUUGGCAACCGGUGGUUCACCCGAACAGUUUGUGGUGGUCUUCUGUGGUGGCCGCCACAGAAGCUAUGCACCUAUGGGGCACCGAAAAUGGCUUGUUCAUGGCUUCUGGAAACUAGUUGCCUGCGUCGCAGACGCUCUAAACCUUCUGUAUAUACAAAUGGUUUAGUCGAGUGCGUGGGCCGGCUGCAACGCAGGCUAAAAACUAGUAGCGAUAGACAAAAACGUAAACACGAAAAAGAAACGAAUUUAUUAUCUUCUACCUUCGUCUCUCCCUCUUCCUUGGCGCGACUGUUCGAGAGCCUGGGACUUCUUUGAAAAGAAAGAUUAGUUGCAAUUACAGCAGACCUUGCUUGUCGUCUUCUUGUCCUGUAGGCUAGCCUUUUUAAAUGCAUUAAAUGCCUUUAUUUCUUUUAUUGAGAAUUCGCCGUUAAUGAAGAAAACUGUUAAUCUUUUUGUACAUUGUAACUAAACUGUCUGUUUUUCACAGGUACAAGAAAAGCACAACAAACUGCAAGAAACUUUGAAUCAGUCUCAAGAGCAACUUUCGCAAGUAAGAUUGAUAGCUUUUCUUUUAGUGGCCUAGACGGUGUGUUAAAUAGUUUCUGAUGUUGUUUAUUCAAUUUGUGAUGUAAAAUGUCUCGCGUGUGUCGCUGUUUGAGCUCAGUUAAACAUAGAGUUUGUAUUGUAGUCUUUAGGGCUGAAAGGAUCUACCAUCUUUGCUACUUUUGCAGUAGUGCUUGAAGCUUUUUUUUCCUGUUUUUUGUUUAAAGGUUCUUUCUCGUGGAGAGAGAAUAAGUGAAGAAAUGGAGAAGAUUAAUGAAUUGGAGAGUGGUGAAAAUGCCAGGUAUUGAGUCUGAACUUACCGUAACAUUCCGAAAAUAAGCCCCGGGGCUUAUAUCUUUUAAAGGCCCUUUUUAAGGGGCUUAUUUUUGGAGGGGCUUAUAUUCGGUGGGGCUUAUCUACGGAGGGAAAUUUGCGUUUCAAAAUCGAUUGGGCUAGCCUUAUAGUUGGAAGGAAAUUUACCGUUUUUCCUUUGUUUUAUUUUGCAUUUGAGGAUAAUUUCCAAGUAAAAGCCCCGCGGGAGGCUUAUAUUUGGAGGGGCUAUUUAACGGAGGGUUUUUUGCGUUACGAGUUUGGGGGGCUUAUAUUUGGUAGCCUGUGAACAGGCUCUCUGUUUGGGGAAAAAAAGCGAGGAAAGGGAAAAGGGGGGAGGGGCUUAUACAUGGAGGGGCUCAUUUUCGGAAUUUUGCGGUAUUACUGGGGAGCUUAAGCAACGACGGCGGCGGCUACGUCAACGAGAACGCCAUUUAUUACAUUUUUCUUCCGUUCACCACCGAGCUUAAUUAACCAUUUUUCUUUUAAUACUUAUCACCACAAAGCACGCGCUUAACAAUGCUGAUCUGCUCUUGUGAGCAAGAUAAAAGAGCGUUACAUAUGAACCUUGUGAAUGUUGUUGCUCUCCUUGAGUCGUCUCCCAUCUAAUUAAGGAUAGAGUGCCCGCUGAUAUCUGGGAUGUUUAAAGUUGGAAUCCUGUCGGAAACUCAAGAUUACUAUUUGCUUUGUUUCAGACUUGUGACGUGAAAAGCAUAACAUCCCUUUUAAGCCAAUGUCUGUUACACAUAGUCUUGCGAAUCGGUACAGUUCCACUCGGCUGAGAAUUUCACCGCUUUCCAUGGAAAUGAGAAGCAUUCUAAUUUUCUUUUCUCUUUUUUUAACUUGUUUGCGGUCCGAUACAAUAUAACUCCAGGAAUAAUCGCCUGUUACGCUCAAUAACGUAACACAAUUGACGCAAAAUGUUACAUUUUGCAGCGCUUAACAUCACCUACAUUUUGAGCGAAGUGGAAUUAUCUCGAUGGAUUUUGAAAGGUUGCAAAUUCACUUUAUUUAAGACGUUUUCGCUUUCAUCGCCGUCGUAGUUUCGUUAGCACCCUACCACCUUUCAUGAUAGGAGACAUUUUUGCCUUAAGCCCAUCACUUCUAGAGGGAAAGAAUCAGAGGUAAAACAUGUUAUGUGGGAUUUGUCUGUGUUUUCACGAUUCGUUACAUGUUUUUUUUGUUUUCUUACUCCUACACCUGAUAGCAUUCUACAGAAGCUUCGUUCAAUUGUGGCCAUGAAUGAAAAUCUGAAGAAACAAGAGCAGCAAUUUAGAGCACAUUGCAAGGUAAACAAUAGUGUGCAGAUAUAUUAAUAUACCUAAUUCAAAAAAGUUGGCAUUUGGUCAUUGGAAAUUUGGGCAUACGGAACUCACUGUAAUGAUUAGCUUGGUUGACUUCCUAGCAGCAGCUUUCCAGUGCGCAAGUGCCCAAUGUCCAGGGCAUUGAAUCAGGUAUAUACAGCCUACGUACGUCAUUAUGCUUAUAACACAAACCUCUACGUACUGGCCAUUUUGAGGUUGUGCAUUGUCGAAUUGCACUCUGGGACUGCUUUGAGGACGCAGUCGCUUCUUUUAUUGGCUAUUCGCCACUUUGGGGUUGUGCAGGAUACCGGUUGUCCUGGGUUUUCAUUAAGAAUUCUAGUAGCCGGAGAAAGAUGUAACGUUACCGGAGAAUAUUUUGAAAGCGGCUCCACGUCUGAAUAAACAACCGUCUUAGGCUACCGAACAUUAGCCGGAGAAUCCAGUGUAGUAACUGUAUAAUUCUCCGAUCUCCAAUGCUUAACGAGUACCCUGGUUGUCAAAGUGCAAUAACAGCAUUGUGGGACUGUUUUGGGGGACGCAUUUGCCGCCAUGUUGAAAAUGCGUUCCCCAAAACGGUCCCACAGUGCACUUUGACAACCAUCUCGACCAGGUCUCCCGCGCAACCUCAAAAUGGCGAAUUACCAGAUUGUGCGGGAAAAUCUUCACUCAAAAUUCGUGAUAGGAGUCUUAGAACUUAAAGUAGUAAAUAAGAGAAGGAAGAAAACAGUAGGUAGUAAGAGGACUUGAACCCGCGUCAUUCGUCUCCACUACACCAUCAAGGGCUAACUGCCGAGACCGCCGGGUUAAUUUAACGUACUUUAAAUGGCGUUAAUCAUUACAUCAUCGAAAACUAACCGUUUUUAAAACAUUGCUUAACCCUAAUCACUCUACUUCGGUGCUUAACCCUGUAUUGAACUCUUUUCCUUGCACAACUAUCUCUUACUCUGAUUUCCCCAACUUUUCUAAAAGUUUCGUGCCCAGUAAAUUCGCCUAAAUUUAGUAUAGCGUGGUGUAGAGUAUAGCGUUGUGUAAUAAACAUAAGGUGUCCAACCUGAUGUUGAGGUAUCCAUUUUAGUCACAACCGCGGGAAAAUGAGCCAAAUCUCCUCCCCCUAAAACCGUCCCACAAUGCAGUUCUACACAACACCGACCCACUCUUACCAGCGACAUGAUAUGAAAGUAUGAAAGUAGCUUUCUAUAUUCAUUCAAUUAAAACUCAUUUUCUCCUGAAACAUUUUUUGCCUGGCGUCGUUUGUAAGCUGAGGGUUUUUGAACUCGGAAAUGGCCUAUCGAUUUUACUUAGUUUCUAAAACAUUCUCACUGUUAUGUUACUUUCUAUUCUCAACCAGGAAGAAAUGGCUCGCUUACAGGAGAACCUCGAAAAGCUGAAGGCUCAGGGUUCUGAAGAUGACAGCGAAGAAAAGGUAAAUCGAAAAAGUAAUCAUUCUCGACCGACCUUAGAGCUCACGCUUUUGACUCCGCGCGUGGUCGUGCGAAGAAUCCCUUUCGCCUGCAAUUUGGUGAUUGGAUGCUCUUAAAAGAAUAGGAAAAAUUAUCCGAGAAAAUGCUUUUAAACAGAAGAAAAAAAACGGGUUAAAAUUUAACCUGGGAUCAAUGUUAAUCGGUCUUCGAACAACUGGACCGGCCCGGUUCCUGAAAGGUCUAUUAGCGCUAACCCAGGAUUGAAAUUUUGUUGCACUUUUUGUAUUUACCUUCCUGUGCAUUGCUUAGAGUAACAUUGUGUGUUAAUUAUCAUUACUAUAUCUCUGAGUAAAGACUCAACAGUAUUUUGUUAGCUUGAGUUAUAUGUUCGUAGACUACAAAACGUGGUUAAAAUUUGGCUUAAUCUUGGGUUCAACUUAACCAUCUUUCGAGGAACCGGGCCCUAGGGUUGGAGACUUUAAAGUAAUUAAAUGCGCGCUAUGCUUUGAGUCAUGUUGAUUCUUCAUUUGACUUAUGCGGCAGAUAAGAAUACUAACCCAACAGAUAGCAGAACCACCGAGUUUUAACACUGGGUGCCCUGCGGCAUGUAAUAAAGUCACUCUAACGUUAUUUGUACUUGUUUUUAAAAUCGCAAAAGUAUUUAAGAUCUUGCGUGUAGACGCCGUGCUUCUGUCUGAUUUAAACCUGAGGUCUUGGUUUCCGGAUUCUCACCUUGGUCAUCGAAGGGAAUUUAUUAGAUUCUACCGUAGCACGGGACAAGUCGUUUAGUAUAAAAGCGGGACGAACAACAUUUUGAAUUUCCAAAUAGUCCGUUUUCAUCUUUACUAUAUCCAUUUUGAAAUCACUUGUGAUCCCUGCAAUUUGAUUGACUUUCAGCAGUGUGAUUUAUUCACGAAUCACAUUAUUUUUAGCUGUAAAUCGCGUUAUUCUUGUUCUAAAUCACGUCAUUUCUGUUUUAAAUCGCACCAUUUUCGCUCCAUGUCGCAUUAUUUCUGUUUCAAAUACAGAAUGAGAUGUAAAAGCCUUUUUCUUUCCGCUUUUCUAUAAACCAGCUAUACUAGAUCAAUAAAAUAUUCGUAAUGAUUUAAUUCUGCGAUUUCAAAAUGGCUGUAAUAAAGUGGUAAUUGAACUUCGUGUUGUGCCAUUUUGGUCUGAAAUCAUGCUUGUGAUUUCAAAUCGAACUCUCCCUGCGCGCUCGUCCGAUUGUAUGGUUUUAGACCAAAUACACUCCACUCAGUUCAAUUACCAUUAUGUUUAUAAAGACGAUUUUCCAGGGUCGAUUUGUUCAUCUAGGCAGAGAAAUCGUCUAAAGUGCGACUUUGGAAUUUACAUCAGACAAAUUUGUCCGUCUUCUUGUGUGAGAAUGGCCAUUGUAAGUUGCCCUAAGCGAACAACUAGACCGACUCGUUUACGGUAUUUACUGUGUUUGAAUUUUAUUCUCUCUUUUUUCCGAUUUAUUCAGGAAAGAUUAGAACUUAUUGGUAAACAAUUCGAGGCGGAUAAAGCCAAGCUGGAGAAAAUAAGACUUCUGCUGGUAAGUUUUUUGUUCUCGUAAUAUUAAACCACAAUCAAAUUUGAUUGAUAAUGUAAAUGCAACUCUCAGUUGCUUUACCAAUGUAACUAUAAAAUGAAAUCAAUUUUUUUUCUAUCUUCUUUCUCCAUCUUAUUUGACCAUUUUUUGUUUACGAAGGCGCGAAAGAAUCGCGAGAUAUCCUCGCUUCAGCGGAAGAUUGACGAGGUACCAUCACGAGCGGAGCUCACACAGUACCAGAGAAGAUUCGUGGAGCUGUAUAACCAUGGUUUGUAUUUAUACUCCCGAGAGUUCCUUUAAAAAAAUCUUAAGUUAAACUCCUUUACAAGUUUUUAUGACUAUUAGCGAAAAUCUAACCCCGACAAAACGAUGAAAAGUGCUACGAGAUCUUAUUGUAUUUCUUUUUGAAAGUUCUUACAAUUUUUUAAAUGACUAUAAUUGUAUACGCUUGAGCACGUUACAAUCAAACUUUUUAUUGUCCACAUUUUUCCUCUGCUUUCAAAAUCAAAGAUGGCGCCUGAACGCUUGCCAUCCAAACUAUGCCUGCAGUGCAAGCUAGAUAGGAAAUAUUUCAUUCUGCGAUAUUUCAUCAUUGGCCCUGAUGUGCAAAAUCUCCAUUUUAAUUUUGCAGUUGCUGGGACUCAUAAGGAAACUAAGCAGUUUUUUACCUUGUACAAUACACUGGAUGACACAAAACUCUACUUAGGAAAAGAGGUGAGCUUCCGUAAAUUCUCUAUUAAGCCCCAGUCCCCCCCCCCCCCCCCCCCCCCCCCCCCCCCACAAAAAACACUAAAGAACACCCCACCACGCGCAAAAAAAUUUAGAGCGGACACCAAAAAGAGAGGUCAACGCAAGACGGACGGUAUGUGUNUUUAUUCGACUUAGUGUAUCGUAAGUGAGUAGAGUUUUGCUCGUGAAAACCCCCCUCUCACACAAGCCUCUCUUUUGUUAUAAGCCCCUCUUUUAAGGGAGAAAUAGUUGAUAACCCUCUUCCUCUCUUUAAGCACCCCUUCCCCAUCCCACUUGUUAUUCUUCAUGACAAAAGUAAUCACAACAAAAGUAAAAAUCAUGGACUGCUUUAGUCAAUCACGACUGUAACCCUCCUUGUGGAGUGAUCCGGUAUGCUAUGGUUUAUUCACAUGCUGGUAGUUCGGAUAUGGUUUUUGAUCUUCGGAUGCGGACCUCCAUCUUCAUGUGCCUGAGCUUUCCACUUUGCGUUUUAGCUCUUUAUGGAGAACUGAUACCAUCAUCUCCGCUUAAUUAAAUGAGCCUUCCUCCUCUCAAAUAACCCUACUUCUCUAUUAAACCCAACCAAGAGCUAUGCCCCUCUCAAAUAAUCUUGAAAUAAAAUAAUUGAGGCUGGGAUUGACGACCUGGCAAUAUAGGACAGAAACGUAUUAAAAGUCUGCUCAAGGUAAAUAAUUACUGGGGGAGCCCUGCACUGCGGGAUCUUUUUAAGGACGUGACCCUCCUAGUACAAAAUUACUUUCCGCGGAUCUCAACUACGCAGAGAGGGUGGAUUAAACAAAAUAUUGGAUGAAGAUGCCAGAACAAAAACCGAACGCAGCGUUUCCUCUUGUACUGCAGUGUCGUUGCUUUUCUAACAUUCACCUCGUGUUUUUCCAGGUUAACCUUUUGAAUUCCAUCCAUGAUAACUUUGAACAGUAAGUACGCUCGUUUUUACACUUUAAAAUAUGUCUUAUAUUGAAAGAAAAAAGGCCUUUUUGCAGCUGGUCAGUCACGUGGCACAAAGAGAAACAAAAUCGUCCUGGUGUAAGACAAAGAAAGAGCUUACAUCUUAUCAAAUAGUGCUUUUUAACGAAAGCUCAGAGAUACAUUGAUUGCGGCCGCCAUCUCGAAAGCAAUUGAAAAACUAAGGGAGGAGGGGUGGGCAGCAUUGGAAUUUCCCAUUGGAAUCAUUUUUUCACUCGCCCCAACUCUCUGUCAGUUUUAACGUCCAAGGUGGCGGGAAAACAUUAGUAUUAUCGUUCGCACUGCAAAAUACGCCUGCUUUACAGGCUACUAGCUCUCCUGUAUGGCGUUUUCUUUCCACAUGACUGUCCAGCUACUAAACCCAUUCAUCAGCUGCCCAAUGGGCCAUUUUCACCAUGAUGUUAUUUUACGAUAACUGUCGGAAUCCAAUUUCCUUCCUCAAUAGUAUUUCGUAAUCCUAAUCCCAGUGGUUUUUAAACUGCGAUAGUCCUAAUUUGCCCUAGAACAAGGAAACUAGAUGUCUUCUGACAGUUGUAAUGAAAAAACGCCAUUAUUAAAGUGUGCUUCAUCAUAAGUUCAUUGAUAAUGAUAAGUUUGUUUGUUUGCUUGUUUGUGUUGAUGGGGAGUUUUGUGUAUGUAUAGUAUUUAUUUUAUUUGUUUUGUUUUUGUAUUUGUGAGUGGUGCUGGGUUGAGAUGGGGGGGAUGAGCAGUUCCAGGAACUCGCUGUGCACGAGAAUUAGUCUUAAACUUGAUCUUGACCUGCUUUUCUUCAUGUCCUUUAAGAGCGAUGUCAUCUCCCUCAAACAAAGAACAGUUCUUAAAACAGUUUGACAGUAUAGUCAGAGGAAUUGUCGACAACAAGGAAAGGGUAAGACAAGAUACUCAAGCCUAACUUGUUCACAAGCCUCACUGGCUGAUUCAUCCAUUAGUCCAGUUUCCUAAGGGUACUACCAACCCCGAAACUCUGAUUGUCAAAAUGUGUGUUCUGGCAAAACGUAAGAUACAGUAAAAACCCGCGACUUAGAACCUGCAGUUUGCCAAGUUAAUCUAAACAGGUUCUUACAUAAAUGAUAAUUAACACAAAUUUAGGCUCUGUAGUUUCUUAAAUAGGUUCUUUUUUUCUGAAGAAAAAAAAUGCAUUGUAGUGAAGUAGAGUAUUUAGUGGUAUAUUCAGUUCAUUCCGUAGGUAAGCGGUCGGAGAGAAAAGUUAGCUGUUUUGAUCGUCCGCAUCUUUUUGUGAAUUUUCGCACAGUUUUUUCUAUUCUGUUUGUGUUUUCUGUGUUCUACUUACCUACUAACCUGGCCUGUAUAAUUUGUUUGAUUUUUUUUUUCAGUUAGAUAUGAGUGCACGUUUGUGUUACAUUUUUUUAGUGUCAUUCCGACCCUAAUAUUGUAAUUUAUUCUGUUAUUUGGCUUCCUAGACUUGUUAACUCUCUAUAUACUUCAGGAAGCCAACACCCCUUAUAGCUUUAAUUUUAAGUUCAUGUAAAUUUAAUAUUUCUUAAUUAAUAAGGGGUCAAUAAAAGUUAUUGUUGUUGUUGUUGUAAAACCUGUAUACCAUUACAAUUGCAGUUGGAGUAAUAUAAAGUCACCUAUGUCUCCAAAGAGGCAGGAUCCUGAAUGGUGACUUAUCUUAUUUGCCCAACUGUUCAGAAUUUUUUAAAUGGAUUUUAGAAAGUAACAGCCUGUUUCAAAUUUUAGGCUAAACAGGUUCUUGUAUAAUGGGGACCUUACUUGCAAAUUUUAGCCUAACAUGUAAAAUCCAGGUUCUUAGUCGCGGGUUUUGAGUGUAAUUACCAAGCAAUUAAUACUUUUAUUUUUUCUUAAUUCAAUUUCUGUUAGAUUGAGAAAAAGAAAGCUGUAGAAAAACAGAGGCGUGACGCGUUGAACCAAAAGUACCUCGAUAUUGUUGAACAGGAAAGGUUGUACUUCAAAACAGUCAAAGAUUUCACCGAGGUAGGUCUAUAUGUGGUUGUUCCGUCGUUAUUUGUACAACAUUGUUAUGGAAGACGAGAUAAUAAAAAAAAAUGAGGGUUAAAGUUGAGAGUGAGAUUUCGACCGCUUUGCAGCAUUAUCGAUGAGCAAGAUAAAACGCUUUUUCAGUGUUUUAGUUGUUUGUCACAUCAACGUCUUUCACCCAAGAAACUGCAAAAAGUAAGUUCGAUAUUGUGAUGUCUAUGACACCGGUUUAAUGAACAGUGCCACAGGAAAGUACUGCUUAGUUGCUUUCACACUUUAGGAUUUCAUUCUACGACUCUUGAAAAAGUUAGAAUUACCUUGUACAGCAUAAUAAACAGUACCGCAAGAAAGUACUGCUUUGUAGCUUUCAUUUGAAUGGUCACACUUCAUGAUUUCAUCACCAAACGUAAAAGUUAGAACCACCUUGAACAGCAUAAUAAACAAUACCACAGAGAAGUACUGCUUUGUAGUUUUCUUUCACACUUUUGGGUUUUAUCACCGGACUAGAAAUAUAAAGAACUACCACUGAAAAGUACUGCCAAAAAGAAGCCAUCAUGGUCUUGUGCUAAUCAUUCAUUAAUAUCUUUUUUUUUUCGUUUGCAGGAGUGCCACAAAAAUGAAGUGUUGUUGUCCAAGCUUAAAAACUUGGGGGUCUCUUAA